UCCAGCCUUCACUUGGAGAGCCUUCACAUAGUUUUUUUUUUUCCUCUCCUCGCAGUAUCGGAUUUUCACCAUGUUCAGAUUAUCCACACCGUCCUCCUCUCGUCGGGCCCUUAUAUGUUACUGUGUUCUUCUUGUUGUUAUUAUUAAUGCAGCAGACGCGCAGACUCCCACUCCCUCUCCGGCUCCGGCUCCUUGUGCCCUGAAAUCCAACAGAAGUUGCGCUGAAUGUCUGGAGGAUGUGGCCUGUUUGUGGUGCAUCCCGACCAAACAAUGCCUGGACUACCCGGUGAGGAACAUCCUGCCCCCCAGCAGUGUCUGCCCCCUGAGUGAUGCACGAUGGGGGGUUUGUUGGGUCGACUUCCAGAUAUUGAUCAUCACGAUGUCGGUGCUCGCGGGUAUCGUCAUCGUUGCAGUUCUCAUUUGCUGCUUCUGCUGCUGCAAGUGUGAAAGGAAAGGGAACAAGAAAGAGGAUGCACAGGUGGCGCGACAAACCCGAGCGAGGAAGUCUCGUCAGAAAGCGAGGAGCACAGAGAUGCAACUGAGACAUGAUGAAAUCAGACAGAAAUAUGGUAUGGCGAAGGAUAAUCCAUAUGCCCGUAUGGAUGAUCGUUAGGAAGUAACUCGGUGAUGACUACUAAGAUGAAGUGGAUGCAAGUAACAGAGAUGUGGUUAAUCUUAUGUUAUACAGCGAUGUUCUGGAUUCAAAAUGUUUCUGUUUCUUAGGUAAAUGAUGCUCUCUGCUGUGAUUGUAGCUUAAUAGUUCUAACACUUUGAUUGGAUUGAAAUGACAUCGCAGCUAACACGUUUUUCUGUCUUCAAAUGAAAUUUGAUGUUAGGACAAACAUGUCAAAGCAUAUUGUCUCACAUGAUAAGCAUCCUUUUUUUCUGUCAACAUACAGUGUUGUCACAUAACAAAACCCACAGUUGAAUGAAACAUGCAGCGCUUCUUUUGCAGUUCACUGUUUCAUUUUCACUCUGCCGUGGGAAUACUGGUUUAAUUUUAAAGUUUAUCCCUUUCUCCUUUUUUCAGUAUUAGUGUAACAUAUGUUUAUUUUUAUGAUUUUUAACUUUUUUAGUUUUAGUUUCACAACUUUGUAGGAUAUGGGGGAAGAUGUUAUUGAAUUACACAUGAAUCGUAAAAACUUUUUCAGGAGCUGUUAAAAACAAGUUGUGAUCUUAUAUUUGAAUAAUAAAUAAGAAAAAAAUGUCA